AUGGGUAACAACGUGCAUGGCAUGGGCGCACACGGCCCUCUCAACCCCCACAAGGUGACUUUUGAGUCGACUCAGAAGUCUGCCUCACCCACCCCCGCCCCUUCCCCUCUCCUCAUCCCCCCUGGCUGUCCCCUCACAGCCACACUGCAGUGGUGGGCAGCGCUGAUGGGUAACAACGUGCAUGGCAUGGGCGCCCACGGCCCUCUCAACACCGACACCGCUCUCGGCCUCUUCCCCUUCGUCUCCAUGCUCAACCACUCCUGCCGCCCCAACUGCUGCUUUGCAUCGCAGGGCAACACCAUGGUGGUGAGGGCAACAAGCCACAUCGACAAGGGCACAGAGCUCUGUGUAUCGUACAUCAACCUGUACGAGAGCAGGGAGAGCCGGCAGCAGCAGCUGCUGGACUCCAAGCACUUCAUCUGUGCGUGCGACAGGUGUUCCGAGCCCCUCGCUCUCUCCUCCGACCGCCUCCUAGAGCGCGACUCCAAGGCGUGCCUGGCUGCCCUCUCCUCCUUCCAGUCCACCUACUCCAAAACACUGCACCCGCGGCACGUGCUCCUAUUCGACAGCCUGACCCCAGCACUCAACUGUGCGCGCGCCCUCUCGGACUACACACAGGCCAUGCGCCAUGCACUGGCUCUGGUGGACGGACUCUCCACCGUGGCGCCCUCUGCCGUGCUCGAAGCUGCUAACUUUGCCCAUGCUGCUAGCGAGCUUGCUGCGCUGCGUGCUGCCUCUGCUGCUCCCGCGCUCGAGCACCGACUCACCAAACAGGUACGCUGUGGGUGUGGGUUUGUGGGAAUGCGGGAGUGUGGGGGUGUAAGAUUGUGA